AUGGGCGGCCACGGCGCUCUAACAAUCUAUCUGCGCGAGUCAUCCUUCCGUUCCGCCUCUGCCUUUGCGCCCAUCUGUCACCCCACUCUUGCGCCCUGGGGCAAGAAGGCCUUCGAAGGCUAUUUCGCCGAUGCGAAGAAGGGCGAGGAACACGACGCCACGCUGCUGCUCUCCAAGCUCAAGCUGGACAAGAAGGAGAGAGAGGUCAACAUCCUCAUCGACUGCGGCACGGCCGAUCAGUUCUAUGAGCAGAAACAACUGCUGCCAGAGGCGUUUGAAAGGACCGCCAGAGAGGCGGGAUACGAGGAGAAGCAGGUGCAGGUGCGUCUGCAGGAGGGAUAUGAUCAUUCAUACUACUUCAUCUCGACGUUUGCGCCGGAACAUGUGCACUGGCACGCCAAGUUCCUCAAGGCCUGA